UGAAACUCUAGUACUUCACAUGUUCACAUGUGUAUAUCCAAAAAAAAAUCGAAUGGAAUGACAUUUGUUAACUAGUACUUUCGAUAUUGACAUCUCCGUCUUUUCACGUAGAACAAACGUUAAGAAUGGCAGGAACCUUGUACACGUACCCGGAAAAUUUCCGUGCAUACAAAGCACUGAUUGCGGCCGAAUUCUCCGGCGCUAAGGUUAAUGUUGCAUCAGAUUUCGAAUUUGGCGUAACAAACAAAAGCGAUGCUUUUUUGAAAAAGUUCCCAUAUGGACAGGUUCCAGCCUUUGAAACAAAAGACGGCAAAUACUUGACCGAAAGCAAUGCCAUCGCUUUUUACGUGGCCAACGAUCAGUUGCGUGGUAAGAGUGAUUUGGAACGUGCUCAAGUUGUCCAAUGGCUUAGCUUUGCCGAAAGUGAAAUUCUUCCAUACUCAUCGGCUUGGGUUUAUCCAUUGUUGGGCAUCAUGCAAUACAACAAAAAUACCGUUGAACGUGCAAAGGAUGACACAAAACGUGCACUUAAUGUGCUUAAUCAGCAUUUGCUAAACAAUACCUUCUUGGUUGGUGAACGCAUUUCAUUGGCCGAUAUUGUUGUGUUCAGCAACUUGUUGAAUGCUUACCAAUACGUAUUGGAUGCAUCCGUCAAUAGUGCAUUCGGUAAUGUAACACGUUGGUUCAAAACUGUGUUGAAUCAACCACAAGUACAGAAAGUAGUAAAAAAUUUCCAAAUUGCCGACAAAGCCAUCGAAUUCGAUCCGAAAAAAUACGCCGAAUUCCAAGCUAAAAUUGGCGGUGGUUCAGCUAAACCACAAAAGGAACAACAACCUAAAAAAGAAAAGAAAGCAGCUGCCCCCAAGAAGGAAAAGGAAGUCGAACCAGUUGAAGAGCCUGAUGCGGCCGAACUCGCUCUUGCCGCUGAGCCAAAACAAAAAGAUCCAUUCGAAGCGUUGCCAAAAACAUCAUUCAACUAUGAUGAUUUCAAACGUUGCUACUCAAAUGAAGAUGAAGCCGUUUCCAUCAAAUACUUCUGGGAGAAAUUUGAUGCCGAAAACAACUCAAUCUGGUAUGGUGAAUACAAAUAUGCCGACGAAUUGAGCAAGGUUUUCAUGAGCUGUAAUUUAAUCACCGGCAUGUUCCAACGUCUGGAUAAAAUGCGUAAACAAGCAUUCGGUUCGGUAUGUCUGUUUGGUGAAGAUAACAACAGCACAAUCUCCGGUGUUUGGGUGUGGCGUGGCCAAGAUUUAGCAUUCACAUUGUCACCCGACUGGCAAAUCGAUUACGAUUGCUAUGCAUGGAAAAAACUCGAUCCAAAAUCUGAAGAAACAAAGAAAAUGGUUGAAAAUUACUUCUCAUGGACCGGCACUGACGCUGGUGGCCGCAAAUUCAACCAAGGAAAAAUCUUCAAAUAAAUCGUUUUAUUUCAAUAAUUGUUUUGUUGCGCGAAUUUCAAGAGAACGCAUUCAUUAUGUUUGAAAACCUAACUGAAUCCAUAUUUAAAUGCUGAUGAUGCAACAUACAUUCGAUUUUUCACUCAAAAUUUUAAGAAAUCAAUAAAAUUGAAAUAAAAAAAAACAACAAA